AAGCACGCGACAUCCGUCCGUGCGGGGUCACUGCACUCUGUGUGGCGCACGACGUCUCUCUCCCGGGGCCGUGUACCCGGAUAUCCACGUAACCACUAUGUACCCUCAACUCUGAUCCUUAUGAAAUUUUUAUUGAACACAAAUUCCUGACGCUUGAAUGAUACAGGGACAUAAUGACGGGACAAAUGAAACAUGCUGGGAUCACUUUCAUCAGCACUGAGUGAACAUGUAGAGGAACUUAAUGUUUACAAUCCACUCGGGAACCACUGAUAGCUCGACAGGUGACAUACCUGUACACAUAUAGAUAUCUAUAAAUAGAACGACGGGGUGUAUUGUUUUUUUAAAUGUUCCGCGGCCCAAUGUGGACUAACAAAAUGAUGUCACGGAAGGAAUUUACCUGAGUCAUUGUGUUAUCUUACCUGUUGAAAACAAAAUCUACAAAAGUGAAACGAAGGGCUUUAUUUCAACAAAACUUGAAAUAUGUGAUCCAACUGUCCAGCCAUACUAGGACUACAGAGGAGAGAGGACGGGGAUUCUAUCAAAUUCUACCUGUAUACACAUCGAUGCCAGAAAACAAAAAAAUGCCGCAGCGAAUCAUUGGGAGAAGACCGACCAUGCCGAUGAGGAAAGGGGAGAGGGAGAGCCUAUCGGAGCUAAUAAGCCAGGAACCUUUAGUACCUCCGCGGACGGAACUGACCGGAAGUGACGGGUUUAUGGCGGUGGCACUAAAGCGCUCAGACAGUUAUAAGCAGGCCACCUCAAAGGAAAAUAGAAUCUCUGUGUUAUUCGGCUCCAACAGUGACUUCAACAAGAAGGAUUAUGACAAAGAAAAAUACAGAACUCUUCCGUCACAAAUCGGGACCGUACGACUGACCAGUCGAGCCACUUCCGGUCAGCGACAAAAACGGUCCUCCGAUACCCGGAUGUUUGACCGACAGGAGUCAGGAAUCGUACCCUCCCCAGACACAGACGAGGAUCAGAAGAGUUCUGGAUCAGCCCGCAAAAAGAAAAGCCGCCUUCAGAAAGUAAAAGAGCGAAUUCUUCACAGCUUCCAGAGGCAGACGAUAACGGAGACAGAAAGACUUCAUAGGAAGCGAGAGAGGCAGGAGAGACAGAGGACAGCGAGGGUCAGGAAAAAGAAGAAGAAGAUGAAGUCGUCCUCUUUAGAGGUCAUACAGGAGCAGACAGAGAUGCCCCAGAGUCGACUGAAGCGGAUAUUCUCAUUCAGGAGGCCGCGCAAAGUCUACGCUGGUGAUGAGGACCACAGCAAAAGCACGACAGGCAAAGCUGAGGGGGACACAAAGAACAUCGGUACCCCAGGAGCCCGUGGGGCAGGGGUGUCCAUUCACCCCCAGGACAAUGUGGAUGGGACACUUAACCCUGUGGAUGCCGUGUUUAAAUCUAUGAUUUUCGGUGAAAUUUCCAGGGAUAAUUCUACUACCGGUGAAAGGAAAGAGCACGCACCUGCUCGUACUGACAAGGGCGGCCUUUCUCUAGACUUAUCGUCCCCAAACAGGGGAAGACGACGGUUAGUCCGAAGGAUCACCUCCCGGGAGGAAGUGAAGGAACAGGUAGUGAAUGGCAGUUUCCGGUCCCAGAGGGAGACUAGGUAUUCCCGCCAGGUGUCGCUGUACAGUGACGUGGAGGUUGACGGAGAUGAGACGGACGCCCCGGACACGACUGAAAAACACAAGAAAGAUGGCCGACCGUUUGAGGUUCUGUCGGAGGAAGAGAAAGAACACAGAAUAGCGGAAGUAGCGAGCCGCCUUAAGUUGAUCGGUGACAAGGCGGUGGAGCGAUACAACACCGAGAGCUCGUCCUCGGGUCUGGAGUCUCCGCAGGGCCAAGGCCCUACCGCAAGGGCUGAUGAUCAACUAGUGCAACAACUUGUUGAAGAAUUUCGUAAAGAAGGAGACAGAUUCUCUCGAGAGUAUAAACUUGGCUCCCUGACCCCGGUUGUUUUGGACAUCGCCCGGCAGCACACGUACGCCCAGUUUCGUCACGUUGUUCACUCCUCCCUACAGCACUCGGUUGGUUGGGAACAGAUCGCUCUCUAUUUCUAUCUGACCCGGACGGCUGUCCACGUGGCCAAAGGAAGCGUGAGUGUAGCACAUAUGGCGUACCAGUACUUCCGGGAGACGUACUCCGGUUGGGUGGAGGAGCGCGGCGGAUGGGAGACGAUGCUAGAGGAGACCGACUGUGAGCUAGACUAGUGAUUGUGAUGACGUCAUUAUUAGGUGACGAUCAUGCGCAGAAACAGAUUCCGUCCUUCAAGGACCAAAAAAUCCAGUUUUAUCAUUUUUUUUAAUUCAUCAUUGAUCUCAUGCUGUGGGUAAAUCCAAUGAACUGUUGUGCCAAAGUGGGAUAGUGUAAAAAUUCAUCAUUCCGGGUUUUAGUGAUAUGGAGGUCACAAGGUGUUUACAUGAUUGUUCCAUUUUUGUUUGGUGCAAUAUUUUUGUUAUUCAUUAUUAAAUGAUGUGUUCUUGUUAAUAAAAUUUUUCAAAAGAU